UUCACACGCACACCACCAAGUGGUAGUCGAGUAGUUGACUUUUAUAUUGGCUAAUACAAGAUUUAUAUUCACAAUCGAUUGCAUCAUGUUUUGGUGUUACUUCUAAACAAAUACCGCAUUUUGAGGUUAACAAAAACAUAUACUUCAAAAGAUGCAAAGUCCUCUCUCUUCUGAAGGUCCAUCAGAUUCAAAUCCAUUCCCAAUGGCACAAAAGUUGGAAGCGAAAGGCGGGAAUGGAGGCAAAGAAUGGGAUGAUGGAGCUGAUCAUGAGGGUGUAUCAAAGAUUUAUAUACGAGAGGGUAGCGAAGGCAUAGAGUCCAUCAAGUUCGACUAUGUCAAGAACGGGGAACCUGAAACUGGACCAAUCCAUGGUGGCUUGGGUCAAGAUUUCACUGACUCGUUUGAUAUUAACCAUACCAUUGAUGAGCAUAUCGUAUCUGUUAAGUGUUACUACGACGAGGGUGCGAUACAAGGCCUUGUGGUCAAAACCAACACCAGGACUUCCGCACUCAUGGGGUACAACCUUGGUACCAAGUUUAAACUUCAAGUGAAAGACAAGAAGAUCAUUGGGUUUCAUGGAUCUUCUGACAAAAACCUAAACUCUCUGGGAGCUUAUUUCGCACCGCUUUCUCCUGCUAAUAUGGAAAUCUAAGAGUUCUACCGAAAAGCUAUAUGUACAAGAUUCAUCGGUUUGAUUUUUAUGUUGCUUUGAAUCUGUACUAAUUGACUUUGUAUCAUCUUCCUUGUUGUUUUGGCGUGCCUUUCACUUAUUCAAUCGCUUGCACGUUACAAAUUGCAAUAGGGUAUAUAUUUAUUUUGUUUUUGUUCAGACUAAGUUCCACUUUCCUAAUAAAAAAUAAAUAUUCCAUUUUAUAUCACUA